AGAACACGGGAUGAAGAUACCAUGGGACUUUGCUGCUGUAAACGAGAGAGUCUUAUCGAACACGAUGAUCACCAUGACGACAAGAAAAGUGUCCUUGAACCACAUGGAGAGAACGUUUCUGCAUCUUCAAUUCACCCUAGUCUCUUCUCCUCUAACUCCAUUGCCAAUCCUUGCCGACUGACGUGGUUAACAGACGUCCAUGUCAAUAAUGUGGACUCCGAGGAUGACGAGAAGAAGCAUACCUGCCGAAUUAGUGGGCUUUGUUGCCUUGACAACGGAAGAACUGUGCUUUUGGACCGAAAUAAUCAAACUUUAACCGUCUUUGACCCACAAUUUAAAUAUGCAUACAGACAAAAGAUUAGAAAGCAACUCAUUUCACUAACUUCGUUUGAAUUUGAUGACAUUGCCAUCUUAGAAACUGGUUUUAUUGGAUUGUACAAUAUUUCCGGGAAAUACGUCACACGUCUUCCUAAACGGUUUGCCGUUUGCAAGAGUUCUAGAACAGUGGCGUUCAAUGGUACUUGGUUUGCAGUAUUGUAUGUACAAGAUGGUAAAGACUUCGUCAAAAUUUACUCGAAAAUUGGAAAUGAAUAUGUAAAUAUACCUCUAAAUGUUCAAUUUGAUAGGAAAAAAUAUCGAUCAAAUAACAUAGAACUGGACAGGACUAACGACUUUUUAUAUAUACCAAACAUGUCCGAGAAGUGCAUAACAUGUGUGAAUUUUCAUGGGGAAGUAGUUUGGAACUCUGUAACUGUAGACUAUAUUUUACAUCCCUCCUGUUUAAAGUUGGAGGGUAACUUUAUCUUUUGCUGUGAUUGGUUGACUAAAGGUGUCAAUCUUGUCUCCUUAGAUGGAAAACGAUCAAGUUCUAUUUGUAUCGACGGCGUUAGGAAGGCAAGAUUCAUAGCGUUUCAAAGGAAGAAAAGCCAUCUGAUGAUUUUUACUGACUUCAAAUACAAACUGCGUAUAUUUGAUGUCCUCUUGCCUCCGGAAGAGUCCUAAACUUUAAAAUACUGAUCGGAAUAUUAUCUGUAAAUCAUCUCAUCAAGGCUGAGAUAAGACAAAUCGCGCUAGGAAGGAGUGCUUUUGUUUGUUCGUUUGAACUCUUCUACCAGAUCAUUGUUAAUUCUGCUUGUUAAAACUUUUGAUUCGCCGACAAAAUUAUCAUUGAGUGGGGCUCUUUUGCAUCAAUCUGAUUUCCGUCAAUAAAGAAAAUGAUCGAUCUCUAUUUCCUUUAGAACCCUUAUUUUAAUUAUAAAUUCGGAACCUG